GAGGAAAAUGUUAUCAAAAUGUUUUAUUUUUUUUAUUAAUUCUUUUAUUUAACUAAUGUUUCUGCAUUAAUGUGAUUUGAGAAAUAAAUUUAAAAAAAAAGAAAAAAUUAUAACAUUUUCUGUACUUGUCACAGCACGUGUGUGUAUGGGUGGGUAUGUGUGUGCGCGCGCGCAGCGGGACGUGCGUAAAGCUCCACAGAGGGAGGAGAAGACUCCGGAAAACGGCUCAACAACUUGACAGAGUGGUGCUAAUCUGAAAAAGGGAAAACGAAUGUUGUAAUCUGGGAAAUGACGACAUCCUUGUUGUGACAGAGCGACAGAAAUGGACAGUCCUUCACGUUUUAACCGCUCUGAGGUAAAGCAAAGAGUUGUCGAGGAAAGUUUUCGGGAUUCAGCGGCUCAGUGAGGACACCAUGUGGACAUUGUUUCUUCAACUGGUCAGCUUCAGCUGCCUGCAGGUGGCAGUGGGUUACAAACCGUGCAGCUACAUGGGACUACAGGUGUACUGUGGCUCACGAGAUUACCAAUGGGUUCCGUCCUUGCCUUCCAGCAUCACCCACCUCUACCUGCAGCAAAACAAUAUCAGGGAGAUCAACAGCUCAUCUUUUAGAGACUACAAAGAGCUGCAGUUUUUGGACCUUGGCAGCCAAAAGGGAACCCUGACUAUCAGAGAAAAGUCUUUUGUUCACCAAAAGAAUCUGGUAACAUUGAUUCUCGGUUCUAAUCUUAACCUUCAGCUGGAACCAAAGUCCUUUCAAGGUCUGUCCAAUUUACAGCAGCUGUUUCUGGACUACUGCGAUUUGACAGACUCCAUUUUGUCAGACAGCUAUUUGGAACCUCUCCUGUCCUUGGAAGCUCUCAACCUUUUUGGUAACAAAAUAGUCAAACUCCAACCAGGUCUUUUCUUCUCAAAUCUGACACAUUUCACAUAUCUUGACCUCAAACUGAACUGGAUUGAAAAAAUAUGUGAAGAAGACUUAGUUGGUUUCAGGGGUAAGAAAUUUUCCUACCUGACCUUGCAUUCUAACAAAAUAAGUCGGAAGAUUAUGAACUGGACAACCUGUGGAAAUCCGUUCAAAGGGGUAUCCUUUGGAACUCUAGAUUUAUCUAGCAAUGGUUUUGAUUUGGAGAAAACAAAGCAGUUUUUCCAAGCAAUUCGUGGCACUCAAAUUGAUCGCCUGAUAUACUCCGGUGGCUUAGGAAAAGGCUUUUCGUUUAACAACUUUCUUGAUCCAAAUGAGAGUACAUUUCAGGGACUCCAGGAUAGUUCGUUGGCGAUAUUUGAAAUCGCAGGAAAUCGGAUUUUUGCCUUGUUAGGGGGCGUCUUUAGAGCUUUAAAGGAUGUGAUGCUCAUUGACAUUUCUCGCAAUAAAAUUAAUCAGAUCAACAAAAAUGCCUUUGGGGGACUUGAGGGACAUUUGAAAAAACUCAACCUCUCAUUGAAUCUUUUAGGAGAAAUUUAUUCAGACACAUUCAGGGGGCUGAAGGAGCUUAUCAUGCUGGAUUUGUCCUACAACCACAUUGGUGUGUUAGGACACCAGGCUUUCAGUGAUCUCCCCAAACUGCAAGAGUUAGAUUUAACUGGAAACUCCCUCAGAAAUUUGGGUUUUCCAGCGCUUUUACCAAAUCUGAACUUUCUUUUCUUGGAAGACAAUCGCUUGACUACUCUUAGCAGCAUCCUCGAUUUAGGAAAUACCAGUUCCUACAUAGACAUAACUGGCAACAGAUUGACAAACAUGGAGGAUAUCUAUGUUCUCCUAACCCAUUUCAGCCGUCUUCGACAAUUGUACUUUGGUGGUAACUACAUCAAAUGGUGCAACUUUAAUGAGGAAAGUGUAAUACCCCAUGAGAACAAUUUACUGAUCCUGGAUCUUCAUGGGAGCUAUCUCCAAAUCAUUUGGGGAGAAGGGAAAUGUUUGGAUCUGUUUGACCAUCUUAGCAAGUUGCUCAAAUUAGUUUUAAGCUUCAAUUCCCUAAAAGUUCUCCCACCGGGGAUUUUCCUUGGGCUCACUUCGAUAGUUGAUAUUGACCUUUCAUUCAAUUCCUUGACCUAUCUGGAGACAGACGUCUUUCCGACCAGCCUUGAAGUACUCCGCCUCUCAAACAACUUCCUAGCCACCCCUGAUCCAAAAGUCUUCCAGUCCCUUACCUUUCUUGGCUUGUCAGGAAAUCCGUUCUACUGUGAUUGUUCUCUGGAGAGUUUUCUACAGUGGCUGAAUGUGACCAAUGUGACCUUUUUUAGUCCGGUUGAAGAGUACAGAUGUGGGUUUCCUGCCACGGUCUAUAACCUGCCUCUGCUGGAAUAUGUCACCAUGAUUGAGCCAUGUGAGGAGGAUGAUGAAAAGAUCGUUGCAGCUCUUAAAUUUUCCCUUUUCGUCCUUUCUGCUACAAUUGUCCUCAGUGUCACACUCGGUGGGCUUAUUUACGCCCGUCUCAGAGGUCAGAUAUUCAUUAUCUACAAGAACAUGAUCAACGUGGUUUAUGAGGGCCCCAAACCGACACCCGUGGAAAACAACCCGCAGUUUGAUGCCUUCCUCUGCUUCAGCAACAGUGACUACAAGUGGGUGGAGGAAGCUCUGCUAAAAAAGCUGGACGACCAGUUUUCAGAGAAGAACUCCUUCCGCUGUUGUUUUGAGGCCAGAGACUUUCUUCCUGGGGAGGACCACCUCUCAAACAUCAGAGAUGCGAUCUGGGGCAGCAAAAAGACCAUUUGCAUCGUCUCAAAGCAGUUUCUUAAAGAUGGUUGGUGUUUGGAGGCCUUCUCUUUAGCCCAGGGCCGAAUGCUGGAGGAACUAACAAACAUUUUGAUCAUGUUGGUGGUUGGGAAGAUGGCUCACUACCAGUUGAUGAAAUGCAACGCAGUCAGAGCCUUCGUUCGGACGAGAGAGUACCUGACGUGGCCAGAGGACCCUCAGGACUUGGACUGGUUUUACGAGAAACUCAGCUUGCAGAUCCUCAAAGACACCAAGGUGAAGAAGUUUGUGGUGGAUGAGCGUGAGGCCGGGAAGCCAGCGAGGGCCGAGCCCCCUCCCGAUGGUUUAGAAGACAUUCGUCUGGAUGAUAUUGGAGAGGCUGGUGUCUAAACUCCUAAAUCUCGUUAACUGUGAAGUUUUACUCUGAAAAUCACCAUUCGUCCAUACUGCAGGUCAGUAUGACUUUCUUAAUAUGGGUCACUGUUAGUUCAAAAACAUAUAUUUAAAUGUACUUGACUACUUAUUUGUUAUUAAGUUGAAUGUAUGUAUAUUUAAAAACAAAUUGUAAACGUGUGUGGUGUGUAAAGUUGGGAAUUUGUUGAGACUUCAGCUUAAAUAAGUAAAAAGUCUUGUUUAGUACAGCUGUAAAGGAUAGUGUGGUGGAGGAGUCAUGGUAUGGGAUUACUCCUAGUUCAGAUAGUAUAAACACUGUGAAAUUAAGGGUUUAGAAGCUUUUUUGGAUGUUUCACAUUUUUAAAAAUGGCACUCUGUCACUGAUAGGACAUCACUUUGAAUGUUUUACUGAUUUUUUUUUUGUGUAUUCAAUUUUUUUAAGAGCUCUUGAGAAUAAGCUUCACUGAUGUGAAGACCUGAAUUAAUUCAAUAAAAAAAGACAAUGAAUGAAGUAGCUUUGGUCAGGUUUUGCAAGCUUAUUUUUAGUUAAAACAACUUUUUAAAGUUUAAAAAAUAAAUUAAACUUUCCUUUUACUAACUGUGACACUCUGUCAAGCACGUCCCUGUUUAUUCCUUGUCUGAUGAAGGCCUAAUUGGCAAAAUGGUUCAUACAUUUCUCUUAAUUUUAACAAUACUUCCAGCCUCUUACAGGGUACUUUAUUUAAAAAAAGGUUGACAUUUUUGAGUUUUACUUUAUUGAUUACAGAAAAAUGAAAUAAAUAUAGAUCCAGAAUGUUUUCUUUUACUGUAUGAUACUCACAGGGUGGUACUUUUAUUGUACCUGCUGUAUUUAUGUGGUUCGUAUAAGCAUGCUGCCUACUGUUUUUAUACAUGUUAAGUUAUUGUGUUUCUUGUGGUACUCAACACAUGUAAGUACAAGUAAAGUACUUAUGUAUUGUGUGAUUAAUGGCAUUUACCGUGUGUAACAAGAUAGUACAGAAACUAUCAUAAAAAAAGUUCUGAAUUUACUUUCUAUGUAUCUAGUAAAAAAGUACUAUGAAAAUACUGCUUAAUACCCACCAAGUUUUAGAUGGAUGAUGAACUCCCAUAGACUGUAUAUAUUUUUACAGUCUAUGUGAACUCCUGAUCGUUAUGUCCCUAUUUUAGCCACUAGGUGGGGUAAGAUGUUUGUUUUUCUUUUCCUUCCAUGUUAGUUUUGAAAAAUCAAUUUAAUCCCAUUGUUUACAGAUGAACACAACCUCUUAUUUAAAGCUGCAGCGUUUCACUUGCAAAUACUAUUUGAUGUCAGCGGUCAUUCCCUCUGUCAUCGAAGAGCUUGGUCGGCGAGGUCAAAGGAGGUCCCGCGGUGUCAGCUGCUUUCCUUCCUCAUGAGCUGUGUCAGAAAACAGGAAGCCACUGGGCAGCGGACAGCUUCCGGCCUCUUGGCCCCUGCCGCCUCCGUCCUUCCCAGCUUUUAUGAGCCACAUGCUCUGUGCAUUAACAGCGUGGGUCUGCAGGCUCCCAUGACUUCUACCCCGUAGACAGUCCAUUAACGUGAACACAGUAAAACUAACAUCUGUCUAACUCUAUCGCUCUGCUGCAGGUAGUUGCUUCCAAACUGACAUCAUUAUUGUUUUAUCAGGUUAUAAGCUGGUUUCGCUCUUUAGUGUUGGGUAAUAUUCUCCACUGAAUUAUGCACACACCUUGAAAAUGUUCUUCCCUAAAGUGCAGUUUUUUAGAACUGCAUCCAGUGCAGUUUUAGUCAAAACUCAGCAGGUUUAAGCAGUGACCUGCUGGAGCAGAGGAUGUCCUCAGAGACUGUCCUGCUAGAACAGACCGGUGCAUUCUAGUGGGGUCACAUUGGGAGGAUGAAGACUGUAAAGUGCUUUGCCAACACUUGGAUUAGCAGUGAGGUCUUGGCUGUUCUGAACUGAAGCUCAAGUAUUCCAUGUUGUGAUGAGACGUGCAGAGAGAACUGAAAAUUUGUCACAAGAAGGUCAAACAGAAAGCUUGAAAAGGAAACUUAUAGUGAAUAAUAUAGACUUGAUUUCCUUUGGGAUCAUUCGUCCGGAAACUGAUCAAUUUUAAAUUCACAGAAAUCAGUUGCCUUUAUUUAGGUACAACAAAUGCUGUAUGGAUCGUUUCCUGGUCAAGGACAGAGGACUUGUUUUUUUUCUAAACUUUUUGAAGAGAUGCUCAAUUUUUUGUGUUUUCAUUACUAAACAUCUUAGAGUCUUGGAAGAUGAAAUGGUUCUAUGAACAGAAUAUUUAAGCCUUAUGAAAUGAACCAGGAAUCAGAAAUCAAGUCGUUGCCCUUACAGGAUAAAGUGAGCGUUUACAGAAUUUAGUUAAAAAAGACGAUUAAAAAACUGAUCUUAGUGUAUUUUUGUGGUUUUUAACUUUUGCUAAACUGAAGCACCCUCAAAGAGUGUUGUUAAAAAAGAACACAAAAAAGACUUAUAUGUUUUCAUAUUCACUUAAUAAUGUCAGUUUAUUGGUAGGUGUAUAAAAAAAACUAAGAAAAAAUGUUCCAAAAUGUUGAGUUUUUGCUUUAGCUUGUAUAGAAAUCUGUAGUGGAAAUGUCAAGAAACAUGAAGCCUUUCAUAGAUAAAUCUGUGACAAACUUCUGGAUGAAAGGAAAGAACUAAUGAGGAAAAAAAAAACCUAAACCUGGCUGACUUCAAUAAAUCUGUUUCAGCACAGCAGCUCGACUGAAAUCUAAUUUGCAAAGUGGAAGCAAAUGUUUACCUUGUAAACAAGCUCUCCAGCUCUGCGGCUUCUUCAGUUAUUUCA